AUGGUUCUAGCCGACACAUUGGCCCGUUACUCACGACUACGGCAUCCGCUCCGACACGUGGUAUUUAGUACCGGCACGGACGAACAUGGCCUCAAGAUCCAACAAGCGGCAAAAGAGAAAAAGGUGUCUCCACAAGAAUUAUGCGACCAGCUUAGUUCAAAAUUCAAGAUUCUUGCCCUCAAUUCGAAUAUCAGUCACACGAGGUUUAUACGUACGACAGAUAGUGACCAUGUGUUGGCUGUCAAGAGGUUCUGGAAACGACUAGUCGAAGGGGGGCAUAUCUACAAAGGGACUCAUUCGGGAUGGUACUCCGUACCAGACGAGUGUUUCUACCCCGAAUCGCAGGUAGAAGAAAUCACAGACUCAAAAACGGGGAAUAGCUAUAUGGUUUCGAAAGAGACUGGGCAAAGAGUCGAGUGGUCCGAGGAAGAAAAUUACAAGUUCAAAUUGAGCUAUUUUCGUCAGCCUUUGAUAGAUUGGCUCCAAAGUAACCCACAAGCCAUUUGUCCCGAGCCUUAUUACCGAUUUGUGCUUGAUUCGCUGAUUAAUGAUGAGAAUGCAACAUCGGACCUAUCCGUUUCACGUCCACGUUCCCGACUACAAUGGGGUAUCCAGGUUCCAGGAGAUCAGGAGCAUACGAUCUACGUUUGGCUGGAUGCGCUCGCAAACUACCUGACCGUUGCCGGCUACCCUGAUAAAACUAUCGCAUGGCCUGCAGAUAUCUCUGUAAUCGGAAAAGAUAUCAUUCGAUUCCAUGCAAUCUAUUGGCCCGCAUUUCUGCUUGCGCUCGACCUUCCUCCUCCAAAGACACUUCUAACCCACGGACACUGGACAAAAGAUCGACAAAAAAUGAGCAAGUCCCGAGGGAAUGUUGCAGAUCCGUUCCUCGCAAUGGGUUACAACGAAGACGGGACGCCAAAGCCACGAGUAGUGGUAAACCCGGAGAAAAACAGAGGAGAACUUGAUAUUGGAGUAGAUGGAGUUAGGUGGUAUAUGCUUCGGGCAGGAGGGACGUUUGAAACCGACAGUGACUGGUCAAAUAACCAGGCUCGAAAGCAUUACCAGCGUGAGCUUUCGGGGUCUCUGGGAAAUCUCCUGUCUCGAAUUACCGCACCCAAGCUUCUCGCGCGCCUGCCAGAAGUUGACAAGGCACUCAAACCAGCUGUGGUUGUCCGGGACAUUCAUCCAGGAGAUGCACGCUUGAAUCGGCUACUAGAUCAACUUCCAAAUCUAGUGGAAGGGUACAUGGAUCGACUUCAGAUAGGAAGAGUACCUGAGGCUAUCGUUGAGUGUUUGAACGAGGCCAAUCGACACAUUACUCAAUUGGAGCCAUGGCUGCCUACAUCUAGUACUGAAGUUGUUGUCAGAGCGCACAAGUAUAGCGUCGAAACUUUGCGCAUAAUCGGGAUACUACUCCAGCCAUUCAUUCCUGCGAAGGCGGACCAAUUGUUGACUCAAUUAGGUGUUUCCUAUGAGGAUAGGGGGUGGAAUGAUACAUCGUUGUGGAAAGGAGAUCCAUCGGUUGGGAGGACAUCCAGGUUGAAUCAGCAGCUCUUCCCCAGGCUCAGAAAUACAGUUUGA